AUGGAGCUAAGGAACGCUGCCUCCACCUCAGCAGAGGCACUUCUUCUGAGCAUGGACAUGGCGUACUCCAUCACCAUGGCGUCACAGGGCAGCUUGAUCCCUCCUUCACUGCCUGCGAAACCAAACACCUCUUCAGACAUCCGCAGGAGCUCACUGAAGACCACCGUGCUGAGUGUUGAGCACUCUUCGACUUCUGUUGUUGCCGUCAUGGUAAAGCGCUUCCUCCCGAGAGCUGCUACCCUCUGCCACUUCUUUGCUAGUUGA